GUAGAGAAGAGAUUUGCUGUGCCAGCUUAUAGCAGUCUGCCAGAUUAUACGCAACUGAAUUUUGUAAUUUUUUACAGGAUUUUUUUUAUGAAACAUUUGAUAGCUAAUACUUUCUUAAAAUUGAAAAAGUUUUAAAGAAGUUAGGAAAAACAGCUUUUGAUUAGAAGAAAAUGCCAGGUUUUAAGAUAAAGUUUCAUUACUGCUUGAUUUGAGUGUGUUAUAUUGCAGAACCGUCACCAUCGUUAGGUCACUGGGUAUAAUGAGGAUGUUAUAUUGCCGUACCGUCACCAGCGUUAGGUCACUGGGUUUAAUGUGGGUGUUAUAUUGCAGUACCGUCACCAGCGUUAGGUCACUGGGUCUAAUGUGGGUGUUAUAUUACAGUACCCUCACCAGCGUUAGGUCACUGGGUCUUAUGUGGGUGUUAUAUUGCUGUACCAUCACCAGCGUUGGGUCACUGGGUCUUAUGUGGGUGUUAUAUUGCUGUACCAUCACCAGCGUUGGGUCACUGGGUCUUAUGUGGGUGUUAUAUUGCUGUACCAUCACCAGCGUUGGGUCACUGGGUCUUAUGUGGGUGUUAUAUUACAGUACCAUCACCAGCGUUGGGUCACUGGGUCUUAUGUGAAUGUUUUGGCUCUGUAUAGACCUUGCUUGCAAAAUGUAGAUGUUUAAUAUUUGGAGAUUAUUCCAAUAUCAUCAAACUACUAUUUAACUUCUACUGUUUUCAAUUUAUAUAUAUUUAUAUUUAUAUUUAUUCACACACAGUCAUGCACAUACUGUCUAGCCAGGGACUUAUUCUUCCAUGAUGAUACCUUGUUUUGCCAUUUUUACAAACUUUGGUGUGUAUACAAAUAGUGCUCGAUUCAUAAAUUGAAAGAUAAAUAAUAUGCCCCAGCUAAGUAACACAAUGACAUUCUCCUACAUCUACCUGUAUCUUAUAAUAUUUCCAGAGUCAGAGACAGGACCGCCCCAGUGGGUUUGUCCAGUUGAUGGGGGGCACUGUGGACGAGAUUGGAGGGAAAGUACUUGGGAUUGAUGACGGGCGAGGUCACUACCUCAUGGUACGCUGUCCCACUGACAGAGAAUAUAAUGACUGGAAGGUGGCGCUGGAGUCACAGACAGCAGACCAUAGUGAAGCUACGUAUGUGCGCCCAGUGCUUAAACCAACGGCACAUAAAACAAGGAAGGUGAUAGUGCUGGAUCUCGGCAGCUGUUCAGUGAGAGCUGGGCUACUGGGAAAGGAACCUUCCCUUCCCCAGGUAUUUUUCCCCUGUGUAGUGGCUGUAAACAAGACAACAGGACAGAAGUUUUAUGGAUUUGAUGCCUACAAACCUGAUGUCAGGGACAGGUCUACCCUGGUGCAUCCCAUAAAGCCUUCCAUAAAGGUGGACAAG